AUGAUAGGACCAUCGUCAAACAGUGCAAAUGUGUCAAAUCAUGAAGUCGUCAAUGGCCAAGGUAGAUCGUCGAAAAGAAAGAUAUUCGAGGAUUUAGAUAUAAAUAGUUUUUGCAAGGAAUUAUGGCAAAAUGGUCGGAAACGUUACUUGCAAGAAUUGGAGACACCGGUCGAAUUGAUAAUGUCUAAUGAAAUAAUAGAUGAGAAUAAUACAAUAUUGUCGACAAAUUCAACAGAAGAUAAUAAUAUAGAUGAGCGUUCGGUUACACGUUUAAAAGUUCUCGUAGUAGAUGGUACGAAUUAUUCUUGGACUGCGGUAUCUGAUUUAGAAAAUCGACGAGUAAUAGAACAUGGAACAGAAUUGAAUAAUUGCACGACAACAAUAUCUUCACCGUCAUCUUCAUCGUCAUCAUUGUCCUCAUCGAUAUCUUUGGAAGGACAAUCUUCUUCCGACAUCAUUUAUACCGACGUAAGAACGAUUGAGGACAGUCACGAUAAUUAUGGUUUAUGGGAACCUAUAUCCGAUCCUUUGGCUAUUUUACCAUUAUCAAACAAAAUUAAAUCUCAACAUUCGAUACAAUCGAUAACGAGCAAUAACGAUAAUCAACAACAUCAUCAAUUUGACGAUCAAGAGAAUGGUAAUCUUUCAUGGUUGUUGGAUUUUAAAUUAGAUCCUUUCAUCGAAGCAGCUGAUGACAAAUAUAACAAUGGGAAUGAUUUUAAAGACAAUUACUGCGGUAAUAAAAAUAAAGGAAAUAAUCGUGGUCAUGGGUCAAUGAUCUAUACGAUAGAUUCUAAAAAAGUGUAUAACAAUAAUCCAGAUAAUACAAUUAAUUCUAAUCAAAAAUCCUCUUACAUAACGUCAGAUAUUAAUCAAGAUUUUUCAUCUACCAAUAAUAAUAAUAAUUAUCCGAAAAAGCCACCGUAUACUUACACCGAAUUAAUUGAACACGCGCUUCAAGAGAGAGGGGAACUAACUGUAUCAGCUAUUUAUCAAUGGAUUUCGGAACAUUUUCCUUAUUACAAAAGUAAUGAUGAUCGUUGGAAAAAUUCGGUAAGACAUAAUCUGUCAAUAAAUCCACAUUUUCGAAAAGGAUCAAAGGCCCCACAUGGAGCUGGUCAUUUGUGGGCUAUAGCUAAUCGUGGUGAUACUAGACCACAUCAAAUUAUUACAACUGAUCCCACUAAAUCAUCAUCACGAUCGGUUAACAAGGAUAGAAAUACGCAUAUUACAAAAAUAUCUACACAUUUCAGUCAAAUAGGUUUAUUAGACGAAAUAGAGGCUGCUACUGCAAGUAUUACACGUCAAUCUACCGAAGAAGACACCGAUGAUAUUGUCAAUUCUACAACAUUGGAACAUUGUGCAGAGCAAAUAUUAAGUGGUAUCAAAAAAGAGGUUGAAGUUCAAUAUUUGGUACCAAUGAUGGUAUCCAAUGGAACGAGUCAGGGAACACAACAACAAAAUACAACGAAAACUAAUUUUGAUUGUGCUGUCAAAGAAAGUGAUUUUCUAAAUCCAAUUUCUAAGGAAGUAGUCGCCGAAGAAUGUGGAUUAAUAAGUGAAGGUUUUUUGGUAACUGAUAUGAGUUCAACGGCUUUAGGUUUAAAUAUGGUCGAAUCAGAAAUAAUAUCCCCAGAGAAUUUAUUCGGCGAGGAAUUAAAUUUUCAUUUCUACGAAUUGUCAUCCCCAUCCCAAUUGCAAUCUGCUUGA